CAUUGAUGGUUACAAGCAAUGGAAGUCUUGGUACGUUAAGCCGGUAGCAACAAUGCUUAGCUUUCUGGAAGGGUGUUUGUGAUGGGUGGAUGCCAUGAAAUUUAUCCUCAUCGUACUCUUCCUUUUUUCUUCCAUGGUAUUGUUGUUCUAAGGUAAUGCCAAUAUCAAAAUGAAGCUACACGAUCCUUUAGCCUGGACAGCGUUAAAUGAGGACCAAGCGGAUGUUGGUAGUUUCAACGCAUGUGUUCGGGUUACCAAGAAGCACGAUGGCACUUAUGUCUCCUUUGUUGAUACAUUGGUUGAGUUGAACGUCGAUGCAGAAGGGACGUUCCAGACGUUUGAGAAUGCCAUUACGGUUGUGGGCACCAGCACGAAAUCAUUGGAAGAGAAUCAAACAGUAGAAAUCGGUAUGGACUCCUAUCUGUGUGGACCCUCUGAUUCAGGAGACCCAGAACGCUCCUACAAGAUUGGCCAGAGCUUCUCCAUCUGCGUUGGUCCUACCGAGGAUGCRAUUGCAGAGUAUGGCAGUGUACAUGUUGCCGUGGUUGGGUUCCAAGAUGUUACAUGUGCCGAGACAGUCAAGGUGGUGGAAGACGGACAGGAGAUGGCACUGACAACCGUCACCACUAAUCCCGAAAAUUACAAGAGGGCCAAUGAAGUCAUUGUUGGAUCGGGYGUUUCGUCUUUUGAAACCGUUGUGACUCCCGCGUACCAUAAUGCACCCAAUGAAGCUUCGGUCACGUGCUCAGGCACGGUGGAGCUGAGCUUCACCAACCCAAACCCCCCAAGCACAAGGUUUGAGAAGGCGGGAUGCAUCACGUUGGACACGCGUACUGCCUUCAGAUCAACUUUGACUGAUGGUGGGUCCGACGAUGAUGUUCAACCAUGCAAUGGCACUUGCGCUGUUAUGGGUAAAUCGUACUUCGUUUUGGAUUGCCCCUAUCUCGACGAAGAAAACGCUGUGCGUGCUAGAUGCUUUUGCACCGAUGUCGAACCUCAAGCCCAACUUGACACGUGCCCUGGUGCAAACACGGAAAAUGAAGAAGAUUGUUCUAAAACGCUCGUCGAAAACAGUUUGUAUGACU